AUGAAGAACUACAGAAUUUUCGCAUUUUUGCUACUCGUACUGAUUUUGGAGACCGCCGCCGAGUCGCCGGCUGAACCAGCAGCGACAGCUGCUGCCGAAUCGAAACCCGACGUCGUUAUCAAAUUGAUAAAGCGAGGCGCCGCUCAGCGGCUCGAAGACAGUUCCAAUGAGGAGAUGGCUAGAGAGAAGAGACGCAGCAGCAGUAAGAAGAAUAAGGGACGAAAAGUUGGAAAGAAAUAA